AUGGACAAGCUGAAAUUCACUCCAUCCGCACUGACAGGUUCCCGCGGUGGCCUUCACAUAGCACAGAUCUUGAUGUGUGUGGUGACAUUUAUAGUGUGCUGGAUCUGGGGUUUCCCGUCACACACCUACUGGAUCUACGGUAUGGUGAUCUGGGGUGUGUGUCCUCUCCUCACACUGUUCAUCACCAUCGUGGAGAUGUUCCUCAUCCAUAAGAUUAUCCUGGUGUUUUGUAUGGACUGGGACGAUUUCACGACAGGUAUGGUUAUGAUGUCAUCACUCUGCACGUUCUCCUGCACGGUGAUCUUCGCCAACUUCUAUAUUUGUUGGAAGUGUAUCUGGGGAUGGAUGGUGACCAUCCUCUCUGGCGUGUGUUGCGUGCUUUACUGCGUGGAGAUGUUUCGGGACAAAUGCGACUCAGCGCGUUCUGCAACAUAUGUGGCUGUGCUGCCUGGUUUCAUGAAGAUUCUGGAGGCCUUCGUUGGCUGCAUCAUUCUCAUUUCUCUGAUUGGCUACGUGGGAAAGCCGGCUCUGCUGUGGUGCAUCGUGGCUUACGCGAUUCCGCUGCCGCUAACCAUCCUGAUCAUUAUUACCAACAUCAUGACCAAGCUGAAGAACUGUCUUCCCUGCAGUAUCGACCGUUUUGUCAUUGUGUUCCUGGUCAUAUCAGUUUUGCUUUACAUCUCCGCCGCCAUUCUUUGGCCAAUCUACAGCUUUCGAGGAAACCCGCGACCCAAAGAUUGCCCUGGAAACAGCUGCAUAUGGAGCAUCCAGUUUGUUGUGACUUUUAUGACCUACGUUAACCUCGGCCUCUACGUCAUUGACCUGAUCUUCACCUGCUGUGGUAUAUGUGGAUUCAAACGCUCUUAA